UUUGUUUUCAUUUGCCCCAGUUAGUCAUACGAUGGAGGCGUUCCUAUUCCCCUAGUUCACAUCGACUACAAGUUUAAUUUCCAAACUUCUAUCCAAACCCAACACAAUGUCGCCCAACAGCGUUAUUCAAAUCCCCAAGCGUUUGCCUCUGCUGUGUACUCACGAAGGGGUGCUUUUACCCGGCUCGACCAUGCGAAUCAGCGUCGAUACGCCGAGAAACAUGCAGCUGGUGAAGAGCAGACUGCUGAAGGGCACCUCGCUGAAAAGUACCAUCAUCGGGGUUAUACCCAACACCAGAGACCCCGAGCACGACAGCGAUGAACUGCCCUCUUUACACAGCAUUGGCACAGCUGGACUGGCGGUUCAGGUAGUAGGAAGUAAUUGGCCGAAACCGCACUACACGCUGCUCAUUACGGGGCUCUGUCGCUUUCGUGUGACCCAGCUGAUAAAGGAGAGACCCUUUCCCUUGGCUGAGGUGGAACAGCUGGACAAACUGGAGCAGUACACAGAUGGAGAUCAAACCGAUUCAGAACUGGGAGAGCUAUCACAGAGGUUUUACCAGGCUGCUGUACAGCUGGUUGGGAUGUUGGACAUGUCAGUGCCUGUGGUUGCUAAACUCAGACGGAUGUUGGACAGUUUGCCUAGAGAAACCCUGCCUGACGUUUUGGCCUCUAUGAUCCGCACUUCCAACAAAGAGAAACUGCAGGUGCUGGAUGCUGUAGAUUUGGAGGAGCGGUUUAAGAAGGCUCUUCCUCUGCUCACCAGACAAAUUGAUGGACUCAAGCUGUUGCAGAAGACCCGUAAACUCAGACCAGAUGAUGACAAGAGAGUGCUGUCCAUCCGUAAGGGCGGUGUGUUCCCAGGACGUCAGUUUUCGGUGGAAGAGGAGGGGGAGGAUGACGAUGAUGGCGAUGAUACGGCUUCACUGGAGAGGAAGGUCAAAGCUGCAUCCAUGCCAGAAGCAGCAUUGCGUGUGUGUAUUAAGGAGCUCAAACGACUAAAAAAGAUGCCACAGUCCAUGCCAGAGUACGCACUCACUCGCAACUACCUGGAGUUGAUGGUAGAUCUGCCCUGGAAUAAAAGCACCACAGAUUGCCUGGAUAUUCGCGCAGCGCGGGUGCUCUUGGAUAACGAUCACUAUGCUAUGGAAAAACUGAAGAGAAGGGUGUUGGAGUACCUGGCUGUCCGGCAGCUCAAGAGUUCCCUUAAAGGACCCAUAUUGUGUUUCGUGGGACCUCCUGGUGUAGGAAAGACUAGCGUUGGCCGUUCCAUCGCCCGCACACUGGGCCGGGAGUUUUACCGGAUUGCUUUGGGCGGAGUCUGCGACCAGUCGGACAUACGUGGGCACAGGCGCACGUACGUGGGUAGCAUGCCUGGUCGCAUCAUAAACGGACUGAAAACUGUUGCCGUAAACAAUCCUGUCUUUUUACUGGACGAGGUGGACAAACUGGGGAAGAGCCUGCAGGGAGAUCCUGCCGCCGCCCUGCUGGAGGUUCUGGACCCGGAGCAGAAUCACAGCUUCACGGAUCAUUACCUCAACGUGCCUUUUGAUCUCUCGCAAGUCCUCUUCAUAGCCACUGCAAACACUACGGCGACCAUCCCUCCCGCUUUACUGGACAGAAUGGAGGUCCUCCAGGUGCCAGGCUACACCCAGGAAGAGAAAGUGGAAAUCGCUCAUCGGCAUCUGAUCCCUCAUCAGCUGGAGCAACAUGGAUUGAGCCCACAACUGCUCCAGAUCCCACAGGACACCACACUGGAUAUCAUUAGGAAAUACACACGGGAGGCAGGUGUGCGAUCUUUGGAGAGGAAGAUCGGGGCCGUCUGUCGAGCCGUGGCUGUAAAGGUCGCUGAAGGUCAUAAGGUCUCUAAAGAGGCGUCACUCACUGAGCAACAUGCAGAUCGUAAUACAGACCGAAAGGAAGAGGAUUCUGGGAUUGCGGCUCCUCCAGAUAUGCCCAUUGUUAUCGAUCACAUCGCUCUUAAAGAUAUUCUUGGCCCACCACUUUUUGAAAUGGAGGUAUCGGAGCGUCUGACCCUACCAGGCGUGGCGAUAGGGCUGGCCUGGACUCCGAUGGGUGGAGAGAUCAUGUUUGUAGAGGCCAGCCGUAUGGAAGGGGAGGGGCAGCUGACCCUGACGGGACAGCUGGGCGAUGUCAUGAAAGAAUCAGCUCAUCUAGCUAUCAGUUGGCUCCGCAGCAAUGCCAAAACGUACAACCUGACUAAUGGCAGCACUGAUCCUCUGGAGGGCACCGACAUCCACUUGCACUUCCCAGCAGGUUCUGUCACUAAGGAUGGACCCUCGGCCGGUGUUACCAUAGUAACGUGCCUUGCCUCAUUGUUGAGCAGGCGCCUGGUGCGCUCUGAUGUGGGCAUGACCGGAGAGAUCACACUUAGAGGACUGGUGCUGCCGGUGGGAGGUAUAAAGGAUAAAGUCUUGGCAGCUCACCGCGCAAAUCUGAAACGAGUUAUCAUCCCCAAGCGCAACGAGAAGGACUUGGAGGAAAUACCCGCCCAUGUGCGGGCAGACCUAGAUUUUGUUUUUGCCAGCACACUGGAUGAUGUAUUGAAUGCAGCUUUUGAUGGGGGCUUCCCAUCCAAUGUCAGUCAGCCACAAAUUGCUAGCAAACUUUGACACAGUACUACAGAUGCACACAAGCCUGAGACUUUUCUUUUUUGAACACAUCAGCACUUCUAAUCUGUGAAUACUGGCUUUUUGUCAAUAAUUCAAACUAAACCAUUUAGAUCCCUUACUACUUUCUAAUUUAAUAACAGAUGACAACAUCUAUUGUAUGUAGUAUCAUUUUGUUUGAUAUCAACUAAAUAUCCACAGAUUUUUUAUAAAAAUGUGAUGCUUAGUGCAGGGGUUUUCAAACAGUGGGAUAAGGUGGGUCAUGCAAAGUUACUUGGAUGUUGCUGUUAAUGACAGUUAAGUCCAAUUAAUGACUUGCAAUGACAAUUAUUUUGAUAUAAUAGAUUAAUUUGAUAUGGCAAUUAAACUAUUGAGAGAAUGAACUGACAAGAAAAAAACACUACUCAAUUAUAAAAGAGAAAAAAAUUUUUUAUUUCCCUUUAAAAAUAUGUUGUGGGUCCAGGGAUAGAUUAUUUAUGUAGCAAAAUUACAAUUUUGGAAAAACCUGGCUUGCACUUACAAUAUGAUUAAUGAUAUGCAAAUACAUUUUAAAUGAAUAAAGUUCUUCAAUGUUCAAAUUUGAGGGUUCAUGUUUUGGUCAAAAAUUUAUGUUUAUAUUUUAAAGACUACACAUACUCUUUAUCAGGCGUCUGAUGAGCCUGCUAUGCCACGGGUAAAGUUAAUAUUUUAAGUAAAUUUUGAUACGUUUGGAGUUUUGGUGUGUCACCUUCACAUUUAAUCCUCUCACUUGGUUUUUGAUCGAGCACCCAUUUGAGGUUGAUGUGCGUGGUUUGUUUUCUUUAUAUUUAUAAAACAUUAAAUAUUCCCUGGCCUAUAGAGUAGUAAACGUAUUGUACGUGAUCAAACUUGUAUUGCAGCUUUCUGUCAUGACCGUUAAAAUGCUUUGUCUUACUAUGACAACUACACCAUGUUUCAGUUUGUAAUUUUUAUUACGAAAUCUAAAUAUGUGGUUUACUGCAAACAGAUCCUAUGUUUGCCUUUCGUGUAGGAGAUCAGCGCAUUCUUGUUUGAUGACAUUUAUACCUGAAUGACAGCUCUGACCUGAAAACAUAAGGCGUGUUUAGAAACGUUUUGCGAUGUAGCCAGUUUCACUGAGGCCGGUUGGUAUGAUGAAGAUGAUAGUGAUAAAUAAUGGUAAUAGUUUACAAUAAUGUUCCAUUUGUUGACAUCAUUUGACUGUGUUGCUGUAAUGUUACAGCAUCGCGUUACCAGCAGUGGGUUCGAUUUCCAACACGCAUACUAAUAAAAUGUAUAUGGUUGCUUUAGAUAAAGCAUGCGUAAAAAUGACAAUAUUGACCAUGAACAGCAUUUAUUACUGUUACUCUGUUCAUUUCAACAUUUACUAAUUCUUAUUUAAAAUUAAACAUUGUAGAUUGUAGGCUAUUAGUUAACGAACAAUUGUAUUGACGUUAACAAAUGAUUAAUAAAUGCUGUAAAAGUA